AUGGAAAAAUGGUUAUUAAGAAGCUGCUUAUUUUUAUCGAACUUUUUUCUUAAAUUUAUCAAAAAAAAAUAUAUUUUUAUUUUAAUUAAUUGACUAAUAGAUUAUAUUUUACAAGAAGCAGCUUUAAUAUAUCUGCAUAGGCAAAUUUUCCUAUUUCUUAUUUUUAUUUCACUAUUUAAAAAUUUUUCAAGCUAUCAAUAA